GAAGUUAUGGGGAAGUUGCAACGAUGUUGCAUGUAAUGUUGCGACCCUUUGAAUUGGAACGCACAAAUUCCUAGGCUACUGCCUUAUCCGCGAAAAGGGCACGAUGUUUUCAACAUUGCUCCUGCUCAGUCUGGUAGUGUCAUGUGAGGCAGACUUCUUUCCACCUGUGGUCAACGUCAGCUUGGAUGAUCCCCCCGAAGUGCGAUGGGCGUCUCUAUUCAAAGUGUUUGAUGUCGACUACCUGCAGAAAGCAGGUGCUGAAGUGAUUGAGUAUGUGCUUAUGACUGAAUGUCUAUUUACAUAAGUUCUAAUAGCCUCCAAAAGUUGGUUUAAUAAUGUUUGUCUCAAACUGUAAAAUAGAGAUUUUUGCUUUAAAGUCACAUGAUGGACAGGACUUUUGAUUCUGUAGCCUAAACCUGAAUUGCAGAAGUUUAAGUUUACUUCAGUAUAUGGAUAUUGAUCAGACUACCACUUAUUUUCACUUACCAUUCAAAAUCUCAAAUAUGAGAAAAUAUGCCAUCAUAUAUAUGCCAUGAUAUGUUGUUUGCAUAAAAAAUAUCUGCUUGCAAUUUAUUCUGCAGGAAUAUCUGCAGGCAUGCAGUAUAUUGACAGAGUAGCCUAAACUUGUCCAUGGUGUUGAUUGAUAUUAACACCUAAAACAUUGUAAUAUUCUUUUUGUUGCAGCACCACUGUUCCAAAAUGGGUGCAUCAUGCGAUAACUCCGAUUGUGGAGGCCUUGGAGAAGUAUGUACCUCCUCCAUACGCAAGGGAGAUCAGAGGAUUGGCCUCAUAUUUUGGAGGGAGCCUUUCUGAUAUCAUCCUUCUCAACUUUGCCUAUGAAAUAUCUGCGUAUGUAUGAAUUGAUCUGCUUUACCUAUAGACUGUAGGCCUACUGAUAGAAAUGUCAUUCAACCAGUUGAAACAAGAAUGUAGUCACAGCGCCAUUCAUAAAUACAGAAGACAGAUUUCAGUUGAAUGCAUUCAGUUGUACAACUGACUAGAUAUCCCCCUUUCCCUUCUCCAUAGGUUUUGCACUAGUAUUGUAGCUCAGGACACAAGUGGACGUUUGUAUCAUGGCAGGAACCUUGAUUACCCACAUGAUAUACUCAGAAAUCUCACUAUCAACAUUCUCUUUCUCAAAAACGGAACGGUAUGUUACACAUGCUUACACAGCUCAACCUUUACCUCUGCAGUUUCACUUUUGCAAGGCCAAGGUGUCAAUCAGCCGAUAAUGCCAGAUCAAAUCAAAUUUUAUUUGCCACAUGCGCCGAAUACAACAGAUGUAGACAUUACAGUGAAAUGCUUACUUACAAGCCCUUAACCAACAAUGCAUUUUUUUUAGGAAAAAAAAGAAGAAAGUGUUAAGUAAAAAAAAUAAAGCAAAUAACUAAAGAGCAGCGGUAAAAUAAAAUAACAGUAGGGAGGCUAUAUACAGGGGGGUACCGGUGCAGAGUCAAUGUGCGGGGGCACCGGCUAGUCGAGGUAAUUGAGGUAAUAUGUGGGUAGAGUUAAAGUGAUUAUGCAUAAAUAAUAGACAGAGUGCAGCAGCGUAAAAUAUGGGGGGGGGGGGGGGGGGGGGGGGGGGGGGGGGGGGGGGGCAGUGCAAAUAGUCCUGGUAGCAAUGAUUAGCUGUUCAGGAGUCUUAUGGCUUGGGGGUAGAAGCUGUUGAGAAGCCUUUUGGACCUAGACUUGGCGGUCCGGUACCGCUUGCCGUGCGGUAGCAGAGAGAACAGUCAAUGACUAGGGUGGCUGGAGUCUUUGACAAUUUUGAGGGCCUUCCUCUGACACCGCCUGGUAUAGAGGUCCUGGAUGGCAGGAAGCUUGGCCCCAGUGAUGUACUGGGCCGUACGCACUACCCUCUGUGGUGCUUUGCGGUCGGAGGCCGAGCAGUUGCCAUACCAGGCGGUGAUCCAACCAGUCAGGAUGCUCUCGAUGGUGCAGCUGUAUAACUUUUUGAGGAUCCAUGCCAAAUCUUUUCAGUCUCCUGAGGGGGAAUAGGCUUUGUUGUGCCCUCUUCAUGACUGUCUUGGUGUGUUUGGACCAUGAUAGUUCGUUGGUGAUGUGGACACCAAGGAACUUGAAGCUCUCAACCUGUUCCACUACAGCCCCGUCGAUGAGAAUGGGGGCGUGCUCAGUCCUCUUUUUUUUUCUUCCUCCUGUAGUCCACAAUCAUCUCCUUUGUCUUGAUCACGUUGAGGGAGAGGUUGUUAACCUGGCACCACACGGCCAGGUCUCGGACCUCCUCCCUAUAGGCUGUCUCAUCGUUGUCGGUGAUCAGGCCUACCACUGUUGUGUCGUCAGCAAACUUAAUGAUGGUAUUGGAGUCGUGCCUGGCCAUGCAGUCAUGGGUGAACAGGGAGUACAGGAGGGGACUGAGCACGCACCCCUGAGGGGCCCCCGUGUUGAGGAUCAGUGUGUCAGAUGUGUUGUUACCUACCCUUACCACCUAGGGGCAGCCCGUCAGGAAGUCCAGGAUCCAGUUGCAGAGGGAGGUGUUUAGUCCCAGGAUCCUUAGCUUAGUGAUGAGCUUUGAGGGCACUAUGGUGUUGAACGCUGAGCUGUAGUCAAUGAACAGCAUUCUCACGUAGGUGUUCCUCUUGUCCAGGUGGGAAAGAGCAUUGUGGAGUGCAAUAGACAUUGCAUCAUCUGUGGAUCUGUUGGGGUGGUAUGCAAAUUGGAGUGGGUCUAGGGUUUCUGGGAUAAUGGUGUUGAUGUGAGCCAUGACCAGCCUUUCAAAGCACUUCAUGGCUACAGACGUGAGUGCUAUGGGUCGGUAGUCAUAUAGGCAGGUUCUUAGUAUCCUUGGGCACAGGGACUAUGGUGGUCUGCUUGAAACAUGUUGGUAUUACAGACUCAGUCAGGGACAUGUUGAAAAUGUCAGUGAAGACACUUGCCAGUUGGUCAACACAUGCUCGGAGUACACGUCCUGGUCAUCCGUCUGGUCCUGCAGCCUUGUGAAUGUUGACCUGCUUAAAAGUCUUACUCACAUCGGCUACGGAGAGCGUGAUCACAUAGUCAUCCAGAACAGAUGGUGCUCUCAUGCAUGCUUCAGUGUUGCUUGCCUCGAAGCGAGCAUAGAAGUGAUUUAUCUCGUCUGGUAGGCUUGUGUCACUGGGCAGCUCGCGGCUGUGCUUCCUAUUGUAGUCUGUUUUGGGCACUGUGAAGUAAAUCUGUAGUGUGAUGUUAGGCUGAAAAAGGGUCAAAUAAAAUGACCUCCUAAUUACUAAACUCUUCCAGGUGGCUUAUCGUGGUACGUCUUUUGCUGGCUAUGUCGGGCUGUGGACCGGACAGAGUCCAAAUAAAUUCACAAUCUCUGGUGACCAGCGAGGUAAGGGUUCACUUUGUUUAAGUGUCCAGGACACAUCCACAACGGUGUGAGUCAGUCAUUUAAUGGCAGUGUGUUAUCAACAGGUGAAGACCACUGGUGGAAUUGGUGGAAGAACUGGGUCUCUGCUUUCCUGCUGAAAAGAUCUCCAGUCAGCUGGCUGGUGAGAGAGGUAAGUAAUGGACAUGAAGUUCAACCAUCAACAUCCACAAAAAUCAACACGUUACUAACCACAAAUUACUAUUAUGGCUUGUCUACUAACCUACUAUUGUGGCUUGUCCUUUCUUGCUUUCCUUCAGACGUUGGAGGAAGCAGCAGACUUUCAGGAUGCUGUGAUGCGGCUGUCUAAGAUCCCCAUCAUCACAAGCGUGUACUACAUCGUUGCCGGGGUAAAGCCUGGGGAAGGAGUUGUGGUCACCAGGGACAGGAAGGGCCCAGCUGAUAUCUGGCCUCUGGAACCCUUAAAUGGAGGGUAGGAAAUGAGGGGUCUCUUCCAUAACACAUUCCAUAACACAUAUUAUAUUAGUUUGUUUUAAGAGCUGCUGAGAUUUAUAAAGCCGAAUUAUGUUAACUGUUAUCAACCUCCCAUUUCUUUCUUAAGUCCUGAAGAAGAUGUUGGCAACUCAACUACACUCACUCCUCAGCGCUAACCAGCUUAAUGAGGCUCUCCAGUCUGGUUUCAGACCCAUGCGCAGUACUGAGACAGCCCUGGUGAAAGCUGUUAAUGACCUACUCAUGGCAGCAGAUACAGUAUCCCCCACCAUCUUGAUUCUUCUGGACCUCAGUGCUGGUUUUGAAACAGUAGAUCACACCAUUCUACUACAGUGCCUUACAGUGAACACUGCCAUCUGUGGGACUGCCCUAAACUGGUUCACCUCCUACCUCUCUAACCACAAGCAGUACGUCAUCCUCGGUGAGGAGUCCACCAUAACCUGCGGUGUCCCACAAGGGUCGGUGCUAGGACCCAUUCUCUUCCUACUCUACAUGCUCCCGCUUGGCCAGAUAUUCAGACAGCACAUUGUCUGAUUCCACUGCUACGCAGAUGACACACAGGUGUACAUUAAAAACAAGCCUGACACAUCUGCUCUGUCAACCUUGUCCAACUGUCUGGAAGAGGUUACGUCUUGGAUGCAGAACAACUCAACAGCAGCAAGACCAAGGCAAUGUUGAUAGGCAUCCCCCCAGCAGAUCACCAACUCCUGCAGCAUCCGCCCUGCCAUAGAUGGCCACAUCAUCCCCCCUCUCCUCAGUCAUCACCAAUCACCAUCACCAAGAAUUGACUUUAAAAUUCUCCUCCUGGUCUACAAAGCAUAGGACCAGACCAGGGCACCCAGAACCCAUCGCCGAACAAUGGGGGACCGUGCCUUUUCCUCCCACGCACCACGUCUUUGGAACUCCCUUCCUGACAAUCUCAGGGCUGUUCAGACUGUUGAGGCUUUUAAAGCAGGCCUUAAGACUCCUCUUUAUCGGCUGGUCUACCCUUCCUCCUAGACUUUGUUGCUUUUAUGAUAUGGUUAUAUAUAUUUGCGUUGUUUUAAAAAAACGAUUUUUCGAUUAACUUUUAUUUAAUGCACUUUUAGAUGAUUCUAUAAUGAAAAGUGCUUUACAAAUGUAAUUUAUUAUUAUUAUAACAUUAUCAGCAGAUAUUGGGCUUUUAAAAUAAGAUAGUUAAACAUAUCGGGGUGUUUAUUCUUGGACGUGUAACUAAAGUGUAGUGUCCGUUCCUACUAUAGGUGGUUCAGAGUAGAGACCAACUUCGAUCACUGGCUGCCUCCUCCUACAAAGGAUAAUCGCAGGUAAGUGUAAUGCUCACUUUACAUGACUCCAUAAUUACAUUUUAAUAGAUUUAAUGUGAAUGGAUCGCUUGAUGACUUUAAAUUAAAGUUAAAAGAUGUAUCUUUCUUCCAGAGAUGCAGCGAACAAAGCAUUAAAUGUUACUGGUCAAGAUAAUAUCAAUAUGAAUACAAUGUUUAAGGCAAGUAGAUGGCUGUUUGGUGUAUGUUUUUGGGGAAUAUUUGUUUUGAUAGUAUUACAUUUGACAAUGUUAUACUUAUGUAAACGUCAUAUUUCAGUUUUUAAUUUUUAAUACAUUUGCAAACAUUUCUAAAAACCUGUUGACUAUAUUUGACUAGAAGUUAUCCUCAUAGCAAAUCCAGAAGUACAGUUCAUUCGGGAAAAUAUUCAGACCCGUUGACUUUUUCCAUAUUUUGUUACGUUACAGCCUUAUUCUAAAAUUGAUUAAAUUGUUUUUUUCCCUCAUCAAUCUACACACAAUACCCCAUAAUGACAAAGCAAAAACAGGUUUUUAGAAAUAUCACAUUUAGAUAAGUAUUCAGAUCCUUUACUCAGUACUUUGUUGAAGCACCUUUGGCAGCGAUUACAGCCUCGAGUCUUCUUGGGUAUGACGUUAAUAGCUUGGCACACCUGUAUUUGGGGAGUUUCUCCCAUUCUUCUCUGCAGAUCCUCUCAAGCUCUGUCAGGUUGGAUGGGUAGUGUCGCUGCACAACUAUUUUCAGGUCUCUCCAGAGAUGUUCGAUCGGGUUCAAGUCCGGGCUCUGUCUGGACCACUCAAGGACAUUCAGAGACUUGUCCCGAAGCCACUCCUGCGUUGUCUUGGCUGUGUGCUUAGGGUUGUUGUCCUGUUGGAAGGUGAACCUAAGCGCUCUGGAGCAGGUUUUCAUCAAGGAUCUCUCUACUUUGCUCCGUUCAUCUUUCCCUCGAUCCUGACUAGUCUCCCAGUCCCUGCCGCUGAAAAACAUUCCCACCACCAUGCUUCACUGUAGGGAUGAUAUUGGCCAGGUGAUGAGUGGUGCCUGAUUUCCUCCAGACGUGACGCUUGGCAUUCAGGCCAAAGGGUUCAAUCUUGGUUUCAUCAGACCAGAGAAUCUUGUUUCUCAUGGUCUGAGAGUCAUUUAGGUGCCUUUUGGCAAACUCCAAGUGGGCUGUCGUGCUUUUUUCUUCUGUCUGGCCACUCUACCAUAAAGGCUUGAUCGGUGGAGUGCUGCGGAGAUGUUUGUCCUUCUGGAAGGUUCUCCCAUCUCCACAGAGGAACUCUGGAGCUCUGUCAGAGUGACCAUCGGGUUCUCGGUCACCUCCAUGACCAAGGCCCUUCUCCCCCGAUUGCUCAGUUUGGCCGGGCAGCCAGCUCUAGGAAGAAUCUUGGUUAUUCCAAACCUCUUCCAUUUUAGAAUGAUGGAGGCCGCAGUGUUAUUGGGGCCUUUAAUGCUGCAGACAUUUUUUGGUACCCUUCCCCAGAUCUGUGCCUUGACACAAUUCUGUCUCGGAGCUCUACUGACAAUUCCUUCGACCUCAUGGCUUGUUUUUCUUUCCCCCUCCGACCUCAUGGCUUGUUUUCUUUCCCCCUCUGACAUGCACUGUCAACUGUGGGACCUUUAUAUAGACAGGUGUGUGUGCCUUUACAAAUCACGUCCAAUCAAUUGAAUAUAUAACAGGUGGACUCUGUCGAAUCUCAUAGCAAAGGGUCUGAAUAAUUAUGUAAAUAAGGUAUUUCUGUUUUUUAUUAUAAAAAAAAAAGAAAUGGGGUCUGAAUACUUUCUGAAUGCACUGUAUAACUGUAUUUAAAAUUUUUUUUUUUUUUAUACAUCUUAUAUCAGUAAUUGUGUCUCCCAGGUCCUGUCAAUGAACCCAGUAUGUAGCAGGUAAGGAAGAAAGUUUAUUAUGUCCCCAAUGUGAAUCACUGUGUGUGAGCAGCAGGAGGGAGGGUUCUUGUGCAACGAACAUUACUUUCACUUCCCUUUGCCUUACCACAGCAAAAAGUUAAUAGGCCUCUUAUGAAACUGUCUGAAUAAAUGGCUGUAGUAUAUUCUCACUGAAGAUUUGAGUAGAAUGGUCCCCAUUUUGAAGCUUUUCAUGUUUUCAUGUCACACUAUUUAAGUAGGUUUCCAUCUUACCCAUACAUGCACAACUGUGAUUUGUAUGUGUCAUAUAACUUUAUGUGGGUAGAUGGGUGUGUUUUAUAUUAAAACUUGGUUCCUUGUUUCCCAGGAGUACUGUUUACACCACAACAAUGAGUGCAGCCAGCCCUGAGAAAUACAACACAAAGGUCAGACUAGAGGUAAUGAAACUACUGGCAUGUCUAAUCAUUGGCUCUCUGUUGUGUCCCAGUUAGGGCUGUCAUAGUUAAUCAGUUCACUUUUUGUAAUGUUAGUGUAUCGUGAUUAAUCGCAUUGUCUGAAAGCGUUGAAAAUCCACUGAAAACAUCCAAAAUACAUAAUCGAUACAGCUAAAACAAUGCGAUGUCAAAACAAGUUGACAUUGAGUACGGUUACAUGCACACAAUAAUGCGAUUUAUUGUGGAUACUCAGAUUUCAUAUAAUAAUUUGAUUAAAACGUUUACAUGCUUUGCAAGAAAAUAUUUCCCUAAUAAUCCUGUUUGCAUGGACACUUCUGAAAUCAGGCUACCUGAUGGCCCUCUCAUAAAAGCAGAAAAUUGGCAAUCAAAAUGAACGUUCUACCACAGCGACCAUGUUAUUUUUGAGAAGCAUAUUUGAUUCUGAGUACGGACAUAUAAAGUUUGUAUGUGAAAACUACUUUUAAGACGCAUACAUUCAGUUGUUCCCAACUCACUUAACUCGCGCUAAAGGGGAAGGCUCGCUCGGCUGGUGCUAGCACAUGCACAGAACAAAUACACUGCUAGAAUGCAGAUUAAAGUGUUUAGAUGUCCUAAUGAUGAGAUAGUUUGCAAAAAAAAAAGUGCUUUAAUCGCCGUAUGCUUACUUCGACUUUGACCUUACGCCAAUUAAGAUAAGCAGAGUAAGGCGUUUACAUGACUAUUGCAUAAUACGUUUCAUAUCGAUUUUAUUAGUGUGCAUGUAAACGUACUCAUUGAGGUAAAAGAAAAUGUGCUUUAUCAAUUAACCUGAUUUUGCUAACCGUUACUCUGGACAAAAUUAAGAUGUCAAUAUUCUUGUAAUGCUUUCUGUAUAAAAAAAAUCUUAAUUUACAGCUCAAUUUGAGCAAAUUCUGAAUUUGAGAUUAAUUGUGAUUAAUCACAGCAAAUUCUGCGAUUAACUCAAUUGUUUUAAAUAGUUUGACAGCCCUAGUCCCAAUACAAUACACAAUGAUUACUUACAGUAUAGUUGAUUACUUACACUAUGCCUUUUAUAAUUCAAUUAUAUUAAACCCAUUGCCCUACUAGCUAAACUUAUGUCCAUUCUCAAUGUUCUAUACUAUGGUGUAGAGUUCUGUAAAUAAGACCUACUGCAUUAUGUAUGGUCAUGCUCACGUCACUGAUGUUGCAGAUCAAAACAUCAGGCUGACAUGCAAAGCAUCAUUGUGGUUUUUGAUUUAACCUUCUGUUUCCUGUGUUUACAGGGCUGCCAUAGCGAUGAAUAAAGCUGAGUCGUGGACUAAACCUAUGAUUAUAUUCAUGUCCAGAAAGGGCUGAGCAGAGAUUUUCUGCAUUAAAAGUGCCUCCCUUUUUUUAAAAAUUCCAUGAUAGUUAAUUGUCAUGCAUUUUUUUUAGGUAAUCAAAUUAAUGUAUAUUUUUAGCCAAAAUGUGAUUUUAAAAUGUAGCAUGUCCGUGUUAAUUAUGGUUAUGUCCGCACACAUAGUCUAGUAUUUUAGAGUGGUGAUCAUAAUUAUAUUGAAAUAAAGCUAAUUUAAUUUUGAUGAAUUCAUGCAACAUAAAAUGCCUUAUGUAAAUUUAUACAGAUUGUCCACUGUCAAAAUUGAUAAAACUUGUAAUAAAAAUAAAAUGUCUCUACAUUGUUG